GGAGGAGCUGCCACUCGGUAAUGGAAGCCAAUAAAGGUAAAGGGGAACAAGGGAUGCAAAACCCAGGUGGGCAGGUGGACAGACCUCCUGGUUAUCACUUCAUGGAAAGCAUGCUUCCCAAAGUAGUGAAGAGGCGAGUCCAUGCCCUGAAAAGGCUACAGGUGCAGUGUGCCAACAUAGAGGCCAAAUUCUACGAGGAAGUCCAUGAGCUAGAGAGGAAGUAUGCUGAUCUCUAUCAGCCACUGUUUGACAAGAGACGAGAAAUUGUCACAGGCACAGUGGAACCCACAGACGAAGAGUGUGAGUGGCACAGUGACAGAGAGGAAGAGGAGGAGCUAGCUGAGGAGGUAAAGGAAAAAGCUGCUAUUGAAGAUGCAAAGAAGGAGGAAGCCACGCCAGAGGAAGACCCAAAAGGGAUACCUGAUUUCUGGCUCACCAUAUUCAAGAGUGUGGACAUGCUCAGUGACAUGCUACAGGAACAUGAUGAGCCCAUCCUCAAGCACCUGAAAGAUAUUCAAGUCAAAUUUUCUGAGCCAGGACAGCCAAUGAGUUUCACAUUAGAGUUCCACUUUGAGUCCAAUGGUUACUUCAACAAUGCAGUCCUCACUAAAGUCUACAAGAUGAAGUCGGAGCCUGAUGCCUCAGACCCUUUCUCGUUUGAGGGGCCAGAGAUCAUCGACUGUGAAGGCUGUCAGAUAGACUGGCACAAGGGGAAGGAUGUGACUGUGAAAACUAUUAAGAAGAAGCAGAAGCAUAAAGGCCGUGGCACUGUCCGUACUGUUACCAAACAGGUCCCCAAUGACUCAUUCUUCAACUUCUUUAACCCUGUCAAAGCUUCACCAGAUGGAGAAAUGGACGAAGACUCUGAGUUCACUCUAGCCACAGACUUUGAGAUUGGUCAUUUCUUCCGUGAGAGAAUAGUUCCCAGGGCAGUGCUGUAUUUCACUGGAGAGGCCCUGGAAGAUGACGAGAGUUUUGAAGAGGAGGAGCUGGAAGAGGGAGAUGAAGAGGAGCAGGAUGAGGAGGAGGAUGAUGAUGAUGAGGGAGACUUUGACCCCAAGAAAGAACAGCCCCAGCCUGCCGAAUGCAAACAGCAGUAACCGUGGUGAUCAGGGGAGGCGGAGACCUGCUGUCCGUCAAAUCAAUUCUCAGCCAAUCAGCAAGUCCUCCUACUCUUGCAGGCUCCGCCCUUUUAUGAACUCUCAUCUGAACGCAAUAGAACGCAAACCAAACUGCGUUUUUAAUAUGUGCAUGACUUCUUUUUCUUUUGUCUUGCGCCCAUCUCACCCCUUUUUAUUUGGCUUCAUUCAGUCUCAAAGCGGAAAGUGACUUAACUCUAAUUAAACUACUAUGGCAUCGCAUAGGGACAGUCUUCUUCUUUGGUAAGGUGGAGUACGUUACUACUGCCAAGAACCUCAGAACAUCAUCAUAAGGAAAACAGAUAGGAAAGGAAUGAAUCCCAACUUUAGUUUUCAUGGAAAUAAAUCAGUUACUCAGGGUUUUUUAAUGCCAACAAGAGAAGUGCUAGUUUACCAGGAAACUGUUGAACAAGUCCGACUUAAUCUUUCACUGGGGUUGCUGAAGCGUUUUUUCUUUCGUUAUGGUGUUUUUUAAGAGACAUACAAUGUAUCAUUUUGAAUUUAAUUUACUUUUUUAAAUGUUCAUUGUCAUGUCAUUGGACUAUUUAUUCUCUGGUGUCAUGCAGCUGUAUGAAGUGGUGCAUUUUGGGUACUUUUAAGGCCCAGCCACAGUUAUAGGCUCAUUAUCAUUGGCCCAAAUCUCAUUUGGGCUUAGCAGGUCAACAAAACGUGAAUACUGCCAAGUCUUUUUUUUUUCCUUUUAAAUUAUUAUUACGAUUGAAAUUAAUUUAAAAAAGAACUAAAGAAUUGCGUUCUGCAUUAUUGCUGCUCAAUUCGUCCCAGGUCUACUGGGCUUAACAAGCAUUUAAACUGAGCACUUGAGUGGACGCAUAACACCAGUUAACAUAAUGUGACAGGCAUGAGGUGACACCUCUAAACUGUCGUAUAUAGCUCUUCCCAGUUUCAAACCUGAAAUGUGCUUUUGAACCUGAACAAGCAUCAUAAGAACAAUUUAAGAAAACAAGACAUUUAAACAGUUUAGGUUUCUCUCCUAGUAAGACGUUUUCAGCUUGUUGGAUUUCCCCAUCCUGAGCAUUGCAUCCAGUCUGGUGAACAUUUCCCUGAAUAUAACACAUUUCAGCAGACACAGUGGCUGACCUGCAACCUGUUUUUGGUUGUUAUCACGUAUCUAGUUCUUAACAAAUGUCAUUUAAAGUCAGUGAUGGGACAGGGUGCGGGAUGUUUGGGUCAAAUGUAAAUUCUGUUGCCAAGAAGCCAAAAUGAAAGACAAAACACACCGUCCUCUUUUACUCAGUUGUUUGCCAAUUGUCAUUAACAAAGUGUAAUCUAAUUCAGCGUUUAAAGUUGUUUAAAAAUAUAUAAAUAUUUCUGUUAUUGUCUAAUGAUUCAGUAGAAUGUCUGUGGAAAACAAAUAGAAAAGGUUGCCAAUGUAUUUUAUACACUGCACUUGGAUUUUGGCCGUUUGGUUGUGCACCUUCGCCUGGUGACUGGUCAGCGGAGGCAGUUGCGGUAAAAAUAAUACCCACCCCUUUUUUCUUUUUAAAAAGAACGAUUGUAGAUCUCGUUGGACGGAUCUCUCAGAGCCACGGUUGACAUCUUCAAAUCUACCACAUUGGACCGUGUGCUAGCAAUGGCCUUAACUGGUUCUUAUUCACAAUUUGUUACUUGCGCAAUAUUUCUUUUCAAUUUGUACAGAGUUAGUUAAAAUAUUCUAUUAAAGUUGUGCGACAUGGAAAUGGG